AUGUCUACCGCAAUGCGCUGUCGUGCGCAAGAGCUGCUCCGUCCCAGUCGCCGCCCAUGUGAUGCCUUGCGCUCCCCGCCGCGACGAUUCGUCCAGAUUGCGGCCACCCCAUCAUCGACCAACCCCACCGUCGCUUCUGCCGCCGCAGACAGCACUGCUNNCCCGUUCGAGGUCCUGGGUAGCCCUNNUUUCUCUCUUCUCUCCGCCUCCAUCUCGGCUUCGCAGAACCUUUAUACUCGCAAGGGCUCGCUGGUUGGCUUCCACGGCAAUGCUGAGAGCGUGAGCAUGCCCGACUCUCCCCAACUUCUCCAAUACUCAUUUCCCAUCUCANNGACCGUAUCCUCGCUCUCCGUCCUCGAACCCUUCCGCCGUGCUGCUUUUGGCAUUCCCUUCCUCUACCAAAAAGUCACAUCGACCGCUCCUUAUACCGCCUUGAUCUCGACCAAGUCUCCCCUCACCACCUUCUCCGUUAUUCACCUUGAUGGUCGCCUUGACUGGAUGAUCGCUCAAAGAAACGCUCUCCUUGCUUGGACUGGUCACACUCUUUCAAUCAAACCCCAGAUCAACACCUCCAUGAGCCUUGCGCACUGGGGAAGUUCUCGUGUUACUGGCCGUGGACUUCUCUGCUUGUCGGGCAAGGGCCAGGUCUAUCAGCUCGCUCUCAAGUCUGGCGAGGAGUACAUUGUUCACCCCAGCAAUGUUAUCGCUUAUAGCAUCAUGCAACACGCUCCUCAGCCAUACCGCUUCAAGUCGUCCAACCUACGCCUGCAGAUCCCAAACGCCUUCUCCUACCUUCCCGACACCAGGUUCUUCAAAGUCGUUCGUCAAUCAAACGUCUGGCGCUUCUUGGCCAACACGCUGUUCACCAUUCGCACUUGGGCUCGCCGCUCAAUAUGGGGAGACAGAAUGUUCCUCCGUUUCCAGGGACCUGCCAACAUCCUCGUACAGUCCAGGGCCGCCAAGCUGAGCGAUGCUUUUACUGCUCGCGAUGUCAACGAAGCUGGCGAUGCCCCUGCAGGUGUGCUCCAGGCUGGAAAGCCUGCCACACCCGCCAUCACCGAACCCCCUUCAGCCCCUGUUGCUCCCACCAAGCUUAGCUAUGCAACAGUGGAAGGUGAUGGCAAGGUCACCAUCACUAAAUCCUAA